AACAACAACAAAAAAAAAACAAGCAACUUAAAUGAAAAAAAAAUGAGCCGUUUGCCACGUCGCAUUACAAUGGAGACAGAGAGGCUAAUUAAGGAUCCAGUGCCUGGGAUAGAUGCUGUGCCCGAUGAGAAGAAUGUACGAUAUUUCCAUGUGAUUAUGGCUGGACCCGUGGAUUCACCCUUUGAGGGAGGUCUUUUCGAAUUGGAACUGUUUCUUCCCGAGGAUUAUCCAAUGUCGCCGCCAAAAGUACGUUUCGUAACGAAAAUAUUCCAUCCAAAUAUUGAUCGUUUGGGACGCAUUUGUCUGGAUGUGCUCAAGGAUAAAUGGAGUCCAGCCUUGCAGAUACGCACCGUGCUUUUGUCGAUCCAGGCCUUGUUAAGUCUCCCCAAUCCGGAUGAUCCCCUGGCCAAUGAUGUGGCCCAAAUGUGGAAACAAAACAAAGAGGAGGCCAUACGAAAUGCCCGUGAAUGGACCAAAAAAUAUGCUAUGAAGGAUUAAAAUUUGAAAGCAAAAUCUGACUUACUAGUUAAUAAAAUCCAAAAACGACUUAUACCACAAUUCAA